GUAGCUUAGUAGUAGAUGUAUAGUGGUAGAUAUGGAGGCGGCAGGAGCUUUGGCGAGCUUGGCACCGUCGCCGAUUACCGUGUUGGGUCUGAUACCACUCCUGGCAUUAGGGAUCACGUACUUCAGAUACCAACAAUACGACCCGGAAUCCUACGUUACGGACAUCAAUGCUGUGAUGCCGAUUUAUGACUUCGUGGUAGUGGGGGGAGGUUCGGCCGGUGCUGUGGUUGCGUCGCGCCUUUCCGAGAUCGGCAACUGGACCGUCCUCCUCCUCGAGGCGGGAUACGACGAGAACGAGAUCUCCGACAUCCCCGCACUGGCGGGCUACACGCAACUCUCCGAAAUGGACUGGAAGUUCCAAACGACACCUUCGAACAAUCGUUCGUAUUGUUUAGCCAUGAACGGUGAUAGAUGUAAUUGGCCGAGAGGUAAAGUUCUGGGUGGCAGCAGCGUACUCAACGCCAUGGUAUACGUUAGAGGAAACCGUAACGAUUACGACUUGUGGGAGGCACUCGGUAAUCCUGGAUGGUCGUACGAUUCCGUUCUGCCUUAUUUCCUAAAAUCAGAAGACAAUCGGAACCCCUACUUAGUGAACACGCCGUAUCACGCGGCCGGUGGAUACCUGACCGUUCAAGAAGCACCAUGGCGAACUCCAUUAUCAGUUGCGUUCUUAAAAGCCGGCAUGGAACUGGGUUACGAGAACCGAGACAUAAAUGGAGCGAAACAGACUGGGUUCAUGUUGACGCAGGCGACUAUGAGGCGCGGGAGUCGAUGCAGCACAGCCAAAGCGUUUCUAAGACCCGUGCGACACAGGGACAACCUUCACGUUGCGCUCGGAGCACAAGUCACCAGAAUACUUAUUAAUCCAGUCAAAAAACAAGCAUAUGGGGUGGAGUUCAUUCGCAACGGCGUCAAACAGAAAGUCAGGAUCAAAAGAGAGGUGAUAAUGUCGGCCGGAGCAUUGGCAACACCUCACCUAAUGAUGCUUAGCGGGGUUGGACCAGCGGAACACCUCAGGGAACACGGCAUUCCUUUGAUAGCGAAUUUGAAAGUCGGCCACAACUUACAAGACCAUGUCGGUUUGGGUGGAUUGACCUUCGUAGUCAACAAGCCCGUCACGUUCAAGAAGGACCGAUUCCAGACAUUUGCUGUGGCCAUGAACUACAUUCUAUCUGAAAAGGGACCAAUGACGACCCAAGGCGUUGAAGGAUUGGCUUUCGUCAAUACAAAAUACGCUCCGCCAUCAGGGGCUUGGCCCGAUAUUCAGUUCCAUUUCGCUCCUAGUUCAGUAAACUCUGAUGGCGGAGAACAGAUCCGAAAAAUCUUGAAUUUGCGAGAUCGAGUUUAUAAUACCGUGUACAAGCCCAUUGAAAAUACCGAAACCUGGACCAUUCUUCCGUUACUUCUGCGCCCGAAAAGCUCUGGCUGGGUUAAAUUGAGGAGUCGCAACCCUUUCCAGCCCCCCUCGAUUGAGCCUAACUAUUUCGCGUACAAGGAGGAUAUCAAAGUACUGACGGAAGGCAUAAAGAUCGCUAUGGCGAUUUCGAAUACCACUUCUUUCCAAAGAUACGGAUCAAGGCCCCACAACAUUCCCCUGCCCGGUUGCCAACACCACGUGCUCUUUAGUGACGAAUACUGGGAGUGCAGUUUGAAGCAUUUCACUUUUACGAUUUACCACCCUACCGGCACCUGCAAGAUGGGACCGAAACAUGAUCAAGAAGCCGUUGUGGACCCAAGGCUGCGAGUGCACGGUGUUGCCAACCUGCGGGUCGUGGACGCGAGUGUCAUGCCGACCAUUAUAAGUGGCAACCCCAACGCUCCUGUCAUCAUGAUAGCUGAGAAAGCAUCGGACAUGAUCAAGGAGGAUUGGCUUGUAUUAUGACAGUGCUAAGUGUUAAAGACUAAGAAAAUUCAAAAUACUCAUAAGUGUAAUUACAUGUUAGUUAUUUAAUUUCUGUAAUUAUUAGUCACUUUGUAAAUAAUGUAAAAGUUUAGAAGUAUCCUUAAAUUUUUUAUUGUAAUAAUGUAUCAAAGUCUUUAAUUAAUUAAAUAAGG